UCUAUCAAGUCAUGAGAUGAUAAAGUGAUAAAAAAUAUAAUUUCAACGCUAAACACAUUAUGUAUGCAUCAAACGAUGGUAAUAUUGGCCUGCAAUGGUGCCCGUUUUUGUCCUUUAUUUUUUCUCUACCCAUAAUCUACUUCGCUGUCUACCCUCAGCGAGAGUACCCCAGCACCACCCGAAUGUUCUCAUCUCACCAGCCACGCCACCCAAAGCUCUUACUUGAAUCCAUUUUCAACAGCCGAGCUUAUUUCAUCGAACAAAAUGCCAUCCUCUAAGUGGCCUUCUUUGGCGACGGUGGAGCAAGACUGGGAAUCCUCUGACCAGCUCAUGGCAACAACAGACGAAGGCGCAGAAUCCUCCGAUCAGCUCGCAGAAACACAAAAUGAUGAUUCGGGGUCCUCUGACCAGCUCUCAGAAACACCAAACGAAGACUUAGAGCCCACUACAGCCCCUCCAGAAUACUCCUCCGUUCAAACAGCAGCGGAUAUCGAGACCGGGAGCAGCUACGAACUCCGAGGGAAUAUGGUACGGCGACAGCGCGAGAUUGAUCUCGAAAGCGGCUGGAGCAUGUUCAAAAAGCCUCGUGAAAACUGGAUCCAUAAAAUUGGCAGGGUGCUCACACUUGAAAAUAUUUGCAAGAGCUUCGGAAUAAUCAUCCUAUUUGUCGUUGCCCUUAGUCUCGCUAUUAUGCUAGGAAUGCUUUUGUGGAAUGGUAUAGUUAUGAUGAUAAAAAGCCGCCAGAGAAUUAAUGAUUAGAGAACUUAGGGUAUCCAUUGUUGUAUAUUGCCAUGUUUGCACAACCAACGCAAU